AUGGAGACAACCACGGUCCAAUGCAAUCGUAGCACUCAAACUAAUAGUGCUGAUGUCGCUGACCUGGUGCCUCACAAGGAGCCUAGAAAACGUUUUGUGGGGAGGAAGCACACCGAUAACGGGUCAAAAAAUAUCUCAUCAAACUUUGAUGUGGAGAGUAAUAGUAGUUUGACUUUGCGACAAAAGAGACUUCCUCGUACGCUUAAUCAAGUUCCUUCUGAGAUUCUUAAUGAUGAGGACAUUAAUGCAGCCAUUGCUCUCCUCCCUCCAAACUACUCUUUUGAAAUACACAAAACUAUUCAUCGAAUACGAUCAAAUGGAUCCAAGAAAGUUGCCCUUCAGAUGCCUGAAGGCCUGUUAAUUUUCGCAACUACAAUAUCUGAUAUCCUCGUCCAGUUUUGUCCAGGGAUUGAUACCUUGAUUAUGGGAGAUGUAACCUACGGUGCAUGCUGUAUAGACGACUUUACUGCAAGAGCUCUUGGCUGUGAUUUAUUAGUGCAUUAUGCCCAUUCUUGCCUGAUACCAGUAGAUGUCACGGAAAUUAAGACCUUAUACGUAUUUGUAGAUAUUAGUAUCGAUACUAGUCACCUACUCACUACACUCGAAAAAAAUUUUACUACUGGCAAAACAAUAGCCAUUGUUGGUACCAUUCAAUUCAACAGUACUAUACAUGGGCUCCGCCCAAAUCUUGAGAAAUCAGGUUACAAAAUCAUUAUACCGCAAAUAUCACCACUAAGCAAAGGCGAAAUUCUCGGUUGUACCUCACCACGACUUAACCCGGACGAAAAUGUAGAUUUAAUACUGUACCUUGGAGAUGGCAGAUUUCAUCUCGAAAGUGCCAUGAUCCACAACCCAUUGUUGCCGGCAUAUAGAUAUGACCCAUACUCCAGGAAGCUCACCCGUGAGUUCUAUGACCACAAUGAAAUGCUCACAACGCGACAAGAAGCGAUAGAUGUAGCAAGAAGGGCAAAGAAAUGGGGCUUGAUUCUCGGUUCUUUAGGUCGGCAAGGAAACGAAAACACUAUGUCUCUGAUUGAAGAUCGCCUUGAGGAGCUAAAUAUUCCAUAUAUUUAUGUGCUCCUGAGUGAGAUUUUCCCCGGAAAACUUGCCAUGAUGGAUGACGUGGAUUGUUGGUUGCAGGUAGCAUGCCCGCGGUUGAGCAUUGACUGGGGGCAUGCAUUUUCGAGGCCUCUUUUAACUCCGUAUGAAGCAUUAAUUGCAUUGGGCCAAAAAAGUGAUUGGAAUAAUGGUAAUGAGGGGAUCUAUCCCAUGGAUUAUUACGGAAAAGAGGGUUUAGGAAGAACCAAAAAAAAGGUUAUCAAGUAA